AUGCCGGCGACAGGCCAGACAAGGGGCGACGACCUCGCCGGAGCAUCGCCAGCCCCGAAGAGGCCGAGCCACGACAAGGCUUGUCGGCCCAAGGCUUGUCGUGGUCGUGCGAGGCUCAGCCUCGCCUUGCCCAGCCCAGGCGAGGCUGAGCCUCCCGCGGCCACGGCAAGGCUCGGCCUCCCCAGCCGGCACGAGGUCGGGCCUCGCCAAGCCAGGUUUUACUUAAAAGAUGCAGUGAUUCAAGGAGAAGGUGACCCUUUCAAGCUGGCGAACAACGCGACCCUCUUCGACUACACCGGGACAGACCCGAGGUACAACAACCACUUCAACAAUACCAUGAAGUGUAUGUCUGCCAUUUUCAUGGGCAAAAUCAUGGACACUUACCACGGAUUCGAGAAUGCCAAAACAGUCGUCGACGUUGGCGGCGGUGUUGGCGAAUGCCUUAAGCUUAUACUCUCCAAGCACCCCUACCUCCGGGGGAUAAACUUCGACCUACCCCAUGUUGUCAAAAAUGGGCUUUCUUAUCCUGGUUUGGAGCAUGUAGGAGGGAGCUUUGUGGAUGAUCCCAUCCCAAAAGGAGACAUCCUCUUAGCGAAGUGGCAAUUCCAUAUUUGCACGGACGAGUUCCUCAUACAGCUCCUGAAGAAAUGCUGGAACGCGUUGCCGGCAUCGGGCAAGGUGGUGAUCAUAGACCCAGUCUGCCCGGAAUCCCCAGGGACGGACCUAGUGACCCGGGCCACCUUCACUUCCGACAUGGUCAUGCUGGCCUUGACUCCUGGAGGGAAAGAUCGGACGCUGAGGGAAGUCGAGGUCGUGGCCCGCGCGGCCGGGUUCAGCUCUCUGAAAGUGGGCUGCCAGGUCCUCAACAUGUGGGCGCUCGAGCUAUAUAAAACCGCCUAA